AUGAGGCUGCUCAAGACUGAUACGUUAGAGCUUGUCGAGUUCGUUGGCCGGGCACCUCCCUACGUGAUCCUGUCCCAUACAUGGGGCCCGGACGAGGUAACAUUCGAAGACCUUACGCAGCUCCCAAUAGCCGCCAUUAAGAAGAAGGCCGGAUAUGCCAAGAUCAAGGGCUGUGCCUCCCGAGCGGCGGCGGAUGGAUAUGAAUAUGUCUGGGUCGACACGUGCUGCAUCGAUAAAUCCAGCAGCGCCGAGCUCUCGGAGGCUAUCAAUUCCAUGUACCGCUGGUACCAGGAAGCGCACAUUUGCUAUGCGUACAUGUCAGACGUGUCCCUGGAUGUGGCUCCACAGGGAACAGAUGCCGUGGCGGCAACGCCUUCGUCGGGUGCUAAGAAGGGGUCGAGUGACGCACCGGGCCGACCGACGUUUCGGAGUAUCCCAUCCAUUAUCAGGGAUUACGACAAGCUUCCACGGACGUUCGAGAACUCGAGGUGGUUCACCCGCGGCUGGACCCUGCAGGAGCUCAUUGCCCCGCCUAUAGUCGAGUUCUACGCACACGACUGGCGUGAGAUCGGCACCAAGUUCAGUCUCCGCAAGGUGAUCAGCACGGUGACCGGAAUCGAUAUCCGGGUCCUUGAGGGCGCCGAUCCGUCCACCUGCCAUGUCGCCGAGCGCAUGUCCUGGGCCGCGAACCGACAGACGACCCGGGUCGAGGAUGCAGCAUACUGCCUGCUCGGCAUCUUCAAGGUCCACAUGCCGCUCAUUUAUGGCGAGGGACAGAGGGCGUUCUACCGCCUCCAGGAGGAAAUCAUGAAGACAACCGAGGAUUACACGAUGCUGGCCUGGGGACUGUCCAAGUACCUUAGCAACAAGCACCAUUGGAAAGGGGUCCACCGCAACAAUCUUGUAGAUCCGCGCCGACCCCUCGCCGAGAGCCCCAGCGACUUUGAACUUCACAACCGAGCUGUGUGGACCUAUUCUCGGCUGAUACACGACGACCCGAGCAGCGUGGCAGCCCGGAGCCCCGCCUCCCUGGACGACACUCCGCCACUAAUAACUAGCCGAGGUCUCCGCUUGUCGUUGCUUCUAAAGCCGUCCAAAGCGCAGAGCGGAGAAGUCCUCGCAUACAUCAACUGCAAGACAUUGAAGCCCUCAAGCCCCCCUGAUGGGCCUCUAUCUCCAGUAUGUCUAGUACUUCGCCGGCAAGAAGACUCCAAUAUCUAUACGGGGUCCGACGACCCGAAUGCCGCCUUUGAACUCCUCGAUAGCGACAAGCUCCUAGCGUCGUUUGAGCGCCGGACCAUCUACUUGUCGCUCGCCAGUGCCGAAGAAGCCCUGAGCAGGACACACAAUCACCGGAUGAACAGUCUCGACAAGAAUCUCUACAUUUUGGAGAAACCCACAGCGCUCCGCGCAGGACAGCCAGCUUUGGCAUCCCGGGCGUCCUGGAAGAUCACAAGCUGUUUCUCGCACGCGGUCGGGGCCGGCCCAGGACACACACACUACGAAGUGCCGCGGAAGUUUACACCUGCGACGCUCUAUCAGCCUUUUGACCUACCGCCCAAUACCGUACGCUUGUUCGCCUUUGAGCAGCCACAGGGAAGCAGCGGAGCGUUCGGCGUGGUUGUCGGCCAUGGCUGGUGCGAUGUUAUCGCCAUCGCAGAUCCAGCAUUCCGAGCUAAGUGGGGGAUCCUGGUGCGAGACGGACAAUGGAAUGAAGUCCAGGCUCUCAAGUUCAUCGGUCACGUCGCCGCAGGACCGCAGAGCCAGCAGAGCGGUGGCAAUCCGGAAGAUGCGAUGGACCGGGUUGUCAAGAGAAUAGCUAACUUCACCGUUACCAUCUCCUUGAAGAAAAUUCGCAGAGCCGACAUCAACUGCGAGAGUGCAAUUAAGAUUCUCUGGUCUGUGGACUGGGAUUAA